AGAAAAAAAUGUAAAUCUACGGCAAACUUUGAAUUCUAUAUGCUACCCACCGCUCACCAAAUAAAUUAAUUUGGAGUGAACACAAAGAGCAGAAUACAGGACUUUUGUCUACAAGGAUAAUUAAACAAAAUCAAAAUGCUGAAACAGGUAUUUUUUGAACGACAUUUUUCCCAUGCCGAGUCCAGGGAACCAACCCCUUAUACUGAAGCAGAUCUAGUUCUACCUGAAGGAUACAAGUGGAAACUCGUGAUGGAUCAGGAAACGGAUUUUAGGAAGCUUCAGGAGGAAGUUGUAGCAGCCAAACCUAAAGCAGGGGCCAGGGUUGUUCUACCACCAGUAGAAAGGGCCCCACGUUCUAUUUACUGCUUCAAACUGAAGAAUCCUGUUCGUAAAGCAUGCAUUGCUCUCUCAGAAUCAAAAACUUUUGAACAUUUUAUCCUAGUGACGAUUUUAGCUACUUGUGUAUCUCUGGGUCUAAAUACCCCCUACCCAAACAAUGAUAGUGAUGAUACAAACAAGCUUUUAGAAGAUAUAGAGGUAAUUUUUAUGGUAAUCUUUACUGUUGAAUGCUUCGCAAAGAUAAUAGCCUAUGGUCUAUGGCAGCAUGAUGAAGCAUAUUUAAGGAAUACGUGGAAUUUUCUCGACUUUACAAUCGUUAUGAUCGGGUUCUUCGAUAUUUUUCUCUCAUCAAUGGAGAUUGAAGGAUUCGACGCUAAGGCUUUGAGGGCAUUUCGAGUUCUGAGGCCGCUUAGGCUUGUUUCUGGAGUACCAAGUUUACAGGUUGUGCUGAACGCUAUAGUGAUGGCUAUGAUCCCAUUGUUCCAUAUCGCCCUUCUAGUCUUGUUCGUCAUCAUCAUCUACGCAAUCAUUGGGCUGGAGAUGUUCAUGGGAGUCAUGCAUAUGGCUUGUUUCAGCAAUCAAACUGGGAAACUAGCCUCCAAUGAUCCUAGACCGUGUGGAGGUUCCUACCAGUGUGAUGAAAGUGCUGGUGAGGUGUGUAGAGAGUAUUGGGUUGGACCUAAUGAAGGGAUAACUAACUUUGAUAACUUUAUUCUGGCGAUGUUAACUGUGUUCCAGUGUAUUACACUGGAAGGGUGGACAGAUGUACUCUACUGGAUACAGGAUGCUAUGGGUAAAUCCUGGCAAUGGAGUUAUUUCCUGUCUUUAGUUGUUCUUGGAGCAUUCUUCGUUAUGAAUCUUAUCCUUGGUGUUCUAUCAGGAGAAUUCUCCAAGGAGAGAGCUAAAGCAACCAGCAGGGGCGUAUACCACAAAAAUAAACUCAGAGCACAGAUGGAAGACGACAUGAAGGGAUAUUUGGAUUGGUUAGCUCAUGCUGAGGAAAUAGAUCCAACAAACUACAGGAGAACGGAAGUGAAUAAAGCGGAAGUAGAAGAGGAUGUUAAAGAGGUUGGAUGGUUUGGAAGGUUUAGGGAGAGAAUGGAUAAUCUAAACCGUAGAGUUAAACCUAAAUGCAGGAAAGCUGUUAAAUCUCAGGCAAUGUUCUGGAUAGUUGUUAGUCUUGUAUUUUUAAACACAUGUGUUCAAGCAACAGAACACCAUAAUCAACCAGAUUGGUUAAGCAACUUUCAGGAAAUCACAAACAUUUUUUUCGUCAUUCUUUUCACAUUCGAGAUGCUGUUCAAGAUGUACGCUCUGGGUAUACAAUUCUACUUUAUCCCUCUCUUCAAUAGAUUUGAUUUCUUUGUUGUUCUCAGUUCUAUCCUAGAGAUGGGUCUGACAAUGUUUAAUGUUAUGCCCCCCCUAGGCAUGUCUGUGCUCCGUUGUAUCCGACUCCUUCGAGCAUUUAAAGUAACAAGAUACUGGAAAUCUCUUCAAAACCUUCUCCGAUCCUUGAUCAGCUCGAUCGAAGCCAUCGCUUCUCUUCUAGUUCUUCUCUUCCUAUUUCUGGGUAUUUUUGCUCUUCUUGGAUCACAACUCUUUGGAGGAAAGUUUAAAGAACGGAAAUUUCCCGGAGAACUGGAGUUGGAAAAGACUCGAAUGAAUUUUGAUUCAUUUUCCAACAGUUUGUUUUCCUGUUUCCAAGUUCUUACUGGAGAAGAUUGGAAUACGAUUUUGUAUGACGGAGUUAUGGCCUACGGAGGUCCCAAGAAACUAGGUUUAGUGGCUAGCCUGUACUUUAUCAUUCUCUUCAUCUUUGGUAACUAUAUUCUUCUUAAUGUUUUCUUGGCUAUUGCUGUUGAUAGUUUAGCUGGCGGGGAGGAGGAAGAAGUAGAAAAGGAUGAAGUAGUUGCAAGUCCACAAGAUGAAACAAUAGAAGAAGGAUUCGAGGAUACACUGGGGAAUGGUGAUAAUGAUGAGGAAAGAAGGGAUGAAGACGGAUCUGUAGAGCUGGACAAUCUGGAAGAAAAUGAAGGUGAUCCUGAACCUGAACCUGAUACCAAGAUCAGUGAUGACGAAGGGUUUGUGGAAGGAAAAGCGUCGGUGCAAGAACUGCGCCCUGAUUCAUCUGCAGAGAGUAAACAACCCAUCCCUCCAGGAUACGUUUUCUUCUUUCUCAGCCCAACCAAUCCGUUCCGUCUUGGAUGUUAUAACUUUAUCAAUCAUAGCAUUGUCAGUAAUUUUAUCCUUGUCUGUAUCAUGAUAUCCUCCGCAUCUCUGGCAGCAGAGGAUCCAAUGAAUGCUAACUCUAAACGGAACCGAGUUCUUGGAUAUUUUGAUUAUUUUUUUACAACAAUCUUCACUCUGGAGAUAACGUUAAAAGUGAUAUCCUACGGGGCAGUUCAGAAAGGGGGAUAUUGUAGAUCAGCUGCAAACCUACUAGAUAUCCUGGUAGUGGGGGUAUCCCUUGUAUCUAUUAUAUUUAGUUCAAGUGCUGGAGCUGUAUCUGUCCUGAAAAUCCUUCGUGUACUCAGGGUUCUCCGUCCUCUGAGAGCAAUCAACCGAGCUAAAGGAUUGAAAACAGUUAUUCAAGCAGUUAUAGUUUCCGUCUCCUCUAUACAGAAUAUAGUGAUGGUUACUCUUCUCCUCCAGUUUAUGUUCUCCGUUAUAGGAGUUCAACUGUUUAAAGGAAAGUUUAACGCCUGCACAGAUUUAUCUAAAACUACGGAGGAGGACUGCAAAGGACAGUUUAUCACGUAUGCUUACAGUGAUGUACGUAAACCUGUGGUUGUGGAGAGAGAAUGGGUGAGAUAUCCUUUUCAUUAUGAUAAUGUUGGGAGUGGGAUGCUAACUCUCUUCAUAGUUCAGACUUUUGAAGGUUGGCCCCAGAUACUUUAUACAUCUAUUGAUACAUAUGAUGAGGACGUUGGACCGGUGUUUAAUAAUCGUCCGAUUAUAUUCAUCUUUUACAUGGUUUACAUUAUUAUCCUCGCAUUCUUCAUGAUCAAUAUUUUUGUUGGUUUUGUUAUCGUCACUUUCCAACGAGAAGGUGAAGCCCCUUAUGCUGACUGUGGCCUAGAUAAGAACCAAAGAAACUGUGUUGAUUAUGUUCUUAAUAUUGAACCAGCCAGACUUUUUAUACCCAAACAUCCGGUUCAAUAUAAAAUCUGGUCUUUUGUGACCAGCCCUUUUUUUGAAUAUCUUGUAUUUGCUGCUAUCUGUAUUAACACCCUGCUGCUAGCUAUGGGGUUCUACGAUCAGCCUGAGCUAUACACUGAGUUCCUGGACGUCAUGAACCUUGUAUUCACAACCUUCUUCACCUUCGAGUUCACUGUCAAGCUAGCUGGAUUCGGGUUCAAAGAGUACUUUGCAGAUCCUUGGAACACAUUUGAUUUUGUAAUCGUCAUAGGAUCCUUCCUGGAUAUUGCAAUGGCAAAUCUUCUUGAAGGAGGAGGUGCUAGUAUCUCUAUGCUUAGAUUAUUCCGUGCUCUCCGUCUAGUUAAACUACUAGCUAAAGGAGAGUCUAUCCGACAGCUUCUCUACACCUUUAUCAAAUCCUUCCAGGCUCUUCCAUACGUUGCUCUUCUUAUAGCCCUCGUAUUCUUUAUCUACGGAGUUGUUGGGAUGCAAGUUUUUGGAAAAAUUGCUCUUAAAGAUCAUACAGCAAUUCAUUCAAACAAUAAUUUUCAAACUUUUGAGCAAAGUAUCCUGGUUCUGUUCCGAUGUGCUACUGGAGAAGUGUGGCAGGAUAUUAUGAUGUCCUGUGUUAAGACACCUGAUGUUACCUGUGAUCCGUUGAGUGACGAGGCUGGGAAUCCGGAGGGAUGUGGAUCCAACCUCGCGUAUCCGUACUUCGUCACCUUCUUCGUGAUGACCUCUUUCCUCAUCCUCAAUCUCUUCGUGGCGGUCAUCAUGGAUAACUUUGACUACUUAACCCGGGACUGGUCUAUCCUAGGAGCACAUCACCUGGAUGAGUUUGUGAACCUCUGGUCUGAAUAUGAUCCUGAUGGAAAGGGAAAAAUAAAACACAUGGAUGUUGUUACUCUUCUUCGUAAGAUAAAUCCUCCAUUAGGAUUUGGUAAGUUGUGCCCCCCUCGUGUAGCCUGUAAGCGCCUGGUUGCAAUGAAUAUGCCCCUAAACGAUGAUGGUACAGUAGAGUUCAAACCAACACUGUUUGCUCUGGUGAGAACCUCUCUAAGUAUAAAGAUGGAGGGAGCACUGGAUGAGGCUAACGAUGAUCUCAGGAAAACGAUGAAAAAUAUCUGGAAGAAACAGGCCAAUGAUAAAAUGCUAGAUUUACUAUUACCGCAGUCUGGAGAAGGGAUAGGCUCCGAGAUAGCUGUAGGAAAACUAUACGCUUCUAUACUUAUACAAGAUUGCUUUAGAAGGUUUACAAAGAAGAAGUUUGAACGCGAGAGUAGAGAGAAAAAAUCUGCUUUGGCAAACACCAACAUGGCUCUGUUAGCAGGACUCAGGCAACUGCAUGAAUCAGGUCCUGAGUUAAAGCGUACAAUUAGCGGACAACUAAACCAAAUGAUUGAUACAGAGGAUCCGACAGUUAGAAGAACUAUUCCAUUCUUCGGAGCAGUAGGUCCAUAUGUCAAGCUGCGACGACCGAACCGACCCCACGACGUCGCCCUGUUUGACCCUGACCUCCGGUCCCCUAAAGGUCGUGUGGUCAGUUUCCGAGAGGCGGAUGACACCCAUCUGACGAGAUCCCUGCGCUACUCUGAGCUGGGAAAGGAAAGGCCAGGGGAGAAACUGAUCAAGAGAGCGCUCACCAGCGAAGGACUAGGAAGGUAUUGUGAUGAACAGUUUAUAAAGGCGGAGAUGGCGGAGGCAAUUAACAUGACCCCGUCAGAGUUUGAUGUAGUUGCCGGUCAACUUCUUCAGGCGGAGGAGCGAGGGGAACUCCAGCUGCCAAUGGCGAAUAGAUCCGCCUAUUCACAUAUAUUAUUUCAAGAUUAUGAUCCAAUGGAAGCUGUCCAGAGGAACCUACCUCAACCCUCCCCACCUUCUAGAAGAAAACGAAAGCGUUUAUUGUAAUUUUUUACCUAAUUUUAUAACAAAAUAUAAAUACUCUUUCAUCGUCUUC